AUGCACGUCAACGCGGUUGCACCACCGCUUCUCCACCUCUACCCGUACUACCUCCUCGUCCUCGUCUCCGUCGUCCUUUUCCUCGAACAUCACCGGCGAAGCCGCGGAGCGACCGGGCCCCGCAACCACCUCCCGCAAUCGAACCCUGUUCUUGGCAACCUCGUCGCUUUCCUGCGCAACGGCCACCGCUUCCUCGACUGGACAGCCGACCUCCUCGCCGCCGCCCCGGCCUCCACCAUGCAGGUGCACGGCCCACUCGGCGGCCUCGGCUACUGUGGCGUCGACACGUCGAACCCGGACAUCAUCGACCACAUCGUGCGCGCCAACUUCCCCAACUACGUCAAGGGUGCGCGCAUCCGGGCGGCGUUCGCGGACCUCCUCGGCGACGGCCUCUUCCUCGCCAACGGCCGCCUCUGGACACUACAGCGCAAGCUCGCCUCCUACUCCUUCUCCUCCCGUCUGCUCCGCCGCUUCUCCAGUCGCGUCCUCAGGAACCACAUCCACCGCCGCCUUGUCCCGUUUAUCUCUGCCGCCGCCGACUCCGGCGAGGCUGUUGACCUGCAGGACGUGCUUAGACGCUUCACAUUCGAUAACAUCUGCAGCGUUGCGUUCGGCGUGGACGACGAUGGGUCGUCGGCGCUGCUGGAUGAUCACCGGCACGGGGCCUUCUUCGCCGCGUUCGAUGAUGCCGUUGAUAUCUCUUUCGGCCGCAUGUUACACCCGACGACCCUGGGGUGGAAGGUCAUGAAGCUGCUCGACGUCGGCAGCGAGCGGAGGCUCCGCCGGGCAAUCGCCGUCGUGGACGAGUACGUGACGGCGACACUGGAGUCGAAGCAGCAGCGUCAGAGUGAAAAUAGUGAGGACGAACCGGACUUGUUAUCGCGCUUCACGGCAGCGAUGGAGGAAGAGGAAACCAGUGAGCUCGGCCGAAUGUUUGCCUCGCCGGAAGCGAAGUGCCGUUUCCUGCGGGACACCGUCGUGACCUUCGUCCUCGCCGGGAAGGACACCACGUCCUCCGCUCUCACGUGGCUCUUCUGGUUCCUUGCCGCCAACCCGCGUUGCGAGCGCCGCGUCUACGAGGAGGUCACGUCGCUGCCGCUGGCGCCGUCGAGAGAAGCCGAGGCCGACGUGGACCGCCUCGCCGACGACGACGUCGAGAGCGAAGACGCGUACGGCGAGGUAAAAGGAAUGCAUUACCUGCACGCGGCGAUCACGGAGACUAUGCGGCUGUACCCCCCGGUGCCCAUGGUCUCCCGUGUGGCCGCCCACGAUGACGUGCUGCCGGAUGGCACGGUCGUGCGCGCCGGGUGGUUCGCCGACUACUCAGCUUACGCGAUGGGCAGGUCGGCGAGGGUGUGGGGCGACGACUGCCGCGCGUUCCGCCCGGAACGUUGGCUCGACGGACGCGGCCGGUUCGUGGCGGCGCAGGCGGCACGGUACCCGGUGUUCCACGCGGGGCCGCGCGCGUGCCUCGGGAAGGAGAUGUCGUACCUGCAGAUGAAAGUUGUCGCGGCAGCCGUUGUUAGGAGGUUCGCCGUUGAAGUACUUGCUGUACCUGCCGGGAGCAUGGACAUGGCACCGGAGCACGAGAUGGCGGUGACACUAAAGAUGAAGGGCGGGCUCCGCGUGCGUUUCAAGAACCGAGCGCGUGCAGCAUGAUUACACACCGGAAAGUGCAUACGGAUGCCGAGCUUCAGGGAUCCCUUUACUUAUUAUUUUUCAGCAAA